CAGAAAGAGCGAGCCACAAAGAGAAAACAAAAUGACGAGGGGCUAAUUUGCCCACCGCAAAAGACCAGCCGAGCGGAGUGACUGGUAUCAUGACAAGAAUCCAAUCAAGUAGAAAUGAGACGUGUGUUAGAUGCUGGUCUGACGCAUGCUCGUCUCGUCAGCGUUCCACCACGCAUAAGUUAUUCCCCCUCUUCUCCCUUCAACCUUUCAAAUGCCACAGACGUGUAAUGAUAGCCUUAUUAUGAUGUCAUUCCUCUUCACAUGGAGCUGCGCGUACAACUUUUCGCUGCCUCUCCCAGGAUUCGACCAUCUGAAUGGCCAGGAAAUGCAUCCACUCUGACGGCGGAAGGAUGCGAUCUUUUCAGCUCCGCUGAAAUGCUUUUUGCCCAAGACCUCUCCGUUAGUGGCAUUUAUAGGGAUUGUAUUCAGCGUGUGGGGAUCAAUGGCAUAAUUCCCCCUUACCAUCUCCUGAAGUUUCUUCCUAAUAAGUCACGGUUUAUGAUCCUUUGAGAGUUCGAGUGAUACCACCCCCGUGGCUUUAGUGGAAGAUUCCCUUCUCCACCAACAGGGACUUUUCUUUAUAUGAUUCUCAAGUCGCUCUCUGGCGGUAUCCAUUACAAACUACUGAGGGGCGGAACAAUACUCAGGGCAAAUCCCCCAACAUUAACGAGCAUUCACUUUAAUUGGUUAAUCAUAUAGUUAACUCAAUCUGACGAUGUCGUAUGGGUUAGUUCAGUUGUUGACUUGUUCUCACUCGUCAUUUGAGGCAAGUGCAUGGUCGCCGAGUGUUGAAGAGAGACGUGAUCAUUUUCUUCCUAAAACAGCGACGGUAUAUUUUUCCCCACCCUUUGCUUGUUGCUAUUUUAAACUGAUAAAAAAUAUUCCUUUCAAGAAAGGAACUAAUCAUAGAGAAAUUGCUAAACAUUGAGACGUGACGGUGAUAAAUUUGAGAACGGUCGAUUUUAAGAAGCGCAUUUGGGCCUGGAGAAAUUGUAGACGGGCAGAAAUCUGGUCGCGAUAUGCCGGCAACUGAGAGUUCAUCCAUGGAACCAAGCCAGGCAAUCGCAAUCUCGACAAGUCCGGAUCACUUCAACUCCUCCAACAUACCACUGGAGACCCGGCUGUACCCCAGCUGCAACAGCAUCAGACGGACCAGGGCGGAGCGAGAGGGUAGCGGUGCCGAGUCCGACGCCCAGGUCUCCUCACCGAACACCGAGAUGGGUUUCCACUUCCACGAGUUCAGCGGAGCGAGCAGCGACUCUGACGCCGGGGAGGAGCGGCACAGAGCCCGGGAGCAGCACCGCAUGAGUGGCUCGUUGAAGAAUGCCAGCCCCAUCCAGUCGUCAGAGAAAUACGACAGCCUGAUUCCGUCUGCUAUCUACUCUUCUGAAGAGUAUGGUCAAGGCGACAAAGGCGUUGACAACCAAGUCCGGCGGUACCGCACGGCGUUCACCAGGGAGCAGAUCAGCAAGCUGGAGAAGGAAUUCACACGGGAGAACUACGUGUCCCGGCCCCGACGAUGCGAGCUGGCCUCCUCGCUUAACCUCCCGGAGACGACUAUUAAGGUAUGGUUCCAGAACCGGCGGAUGAAGGACAAGCGUCAGCGAAUGUCUAUGGCAGCGUGUUCGUGGCCCCAUCAUGCAGCCCUGGACCCUAACCUGUAUUCCCUGAUGCUGACCGGCCGGCUGCCCUACCCAUGCCCCUCCACUGCCUUCAGUUACUACCAGCCUGCCCCGCCUACUCUGUCACCUACUGUCGGCCCAUCUCACGACGCCUACAGUAGCUACGCCAUGCACCUUCGUGGUCGCUCCGCUGACCUACUGCGCUCCAUGUGUCACCCCUAUGCGCGUCUAGCCACCGGAGCCCCCACCUUCACCGCCUCCGAUCUGCUAGCGGCCAGAGCCGGUGCCGCUGCGGCCGCCGCAGCUAGCUCGUCCUUCAUCGCACCGAGUUCCGUCCAGUCGCAAACUACCCUACCGUGCGCUUGCCACCAUCAUUACGGACACACUCACCACACCUUGCCCGGCACUCAACCUCCCUCGACUGGGGUUCCACUAUCCGGAGUCAGCCUUGGGCUCAAUCGGGACUCAGAAACUGGAAUCUGUGCUUUGCCGCCGUCUGUACACCAUGCCUAGACACUCAUAAACUCCUUAAUCUUAAUUUAUCUUGUAAGGUAGCAGCUGCAUUGAAGAUGGGCAAUUGUAGAUCAGCUUCAAAUGAAAUGCAAAACAUUGAACCUAUUUUUGUCCUUUGCCUCCCAAUCCAAAGUAAAGUGCAAAAGAUAUGUUCACGAAGAGAGUAAAUCGAUCAGUCUGUACUUGGUUUAUCUGCUGUCCUCGACAGACAGUAGACAAGACAUACCUUAACUUGGUUUCAUUAAAGCUCCACAUGGAUUUUUGAAAAUACCGUAACACUCAGUGCUACCAUCAAGUGUAAACUUGAAAUAGUAAAUGAACAACUGAAACGUGCACUGAAAUUUCUGACCCCUUUAGGGGCGGAGCUGUGAUUGACCUCCCCAUACACCAACUCCCGACUGGCCAUGAUGUAAUACUCGUGAAGUUUCCUAUACGGAAAUCAUUCAAAUAUGGAAGUGAGGUUGUCUGUGGUAAAACUGUUAGAUAUUUUAUCUGAACGCGUAGUGCGUAUGUUACGUCAUUAUCUAUGUAUAUUUUGUAAAUUAUUUUCUUAAUUAAAGCUGUAACAUCAAGUUUCAUUAUGUGUUGCUGUAUAGAGUACCGAAAUGCAGCAAGUAUACAGUUAAGUAUGGGAAACAGAGAGUUAAAAAACACACCAAAGAAUGUGAACAUACAUUUCAAGACAUUAAUCUUUCAAAGGAAAUUUUAAAAGCCGUUGGUCAAGCAGCUCAAGUUCGUUCAUGGUCGUGAAAUUAUGCCUGCAUAUAGUAAAACAGUUAACGUAAGUCAAUAGGUGUAACUAAAACAUUCUAUGGAAAACAAACUGGGAGUGGAAACUGAACCAGUCGGGUGCUAAAAUCCGAAUGAGAUCAAUUAAUGAGCAGGAAGAUUAGUAAUUUUCUGUUGAAGAACAUGCUGUCUGCGUGCCAACAAACAUCAGUUUUUAAAAUCAAAUGCCUCACAACUCAUUCACACACAAAAAUAGAAAGAUUUUACGAAUUCGACGUUGUGAAGUUUACUGACGCCAUCACAGAUUUCUGACAGCAUUACAUGUAUAUGUUCGUUGACAAAAAGCAUCAUUGACAAAGAGAGUGCAUGAAGUUAUAGUGAAAACAUGCAAUCUUUAGACAAACAGUUACUUUUUCAACUGCGCAAACAUGUUCGAACGGAAUCUCUUCUGAAUCAUCAACUAAACUACAAAGAGAAACUGGCUAUAGGUGCAUAUAGUUUGAACAAAGAAAUUAACUGGAGCGGGGUUUGAACAUGCGACCUAAGGAGCACCGUUCCGGUGCUCUACCCACUUAGCUCUCCAUCCCGUGUUAGCGGUUCCCCAGGAAUCUCUUCUGGCUACAAGUGUGCACAGCAUGGGAAGAAACAUUCAGUAGGCCAAUACCUUUUUAGCACAGCAAAUUGGUGAUGGGAUUGGUCAUUUGAUGAUAAAGGCAUGACAUUUGGCAUUCAGUCAGAGUAUGUCAUGGGAAAGAUAUAUUUGGCUAUAGGGCCAUCGCAGAU